CGCAGCAUCCGCGUGAAGUCAGUCGGCUGUCGGAUCUCGUGCCGUGCACGUUAAAGAAGGCUUGUUCCUUGUUUAUAAUCGGUUGUGCUAACACGCCGUGAACCGCGUGGUUUUCUACGGAAGUUAUUUAAGUGUGUUUUAUCCAGUGCUAUCGCGUUUACCUUGUUCUCUUCCAUACGUGAAUAUCUUGUCGACGUUUGGGAGCAGCCAGAAAACUUGAGUUUUGGAGCAGUUCGAUGGCUCGUGCAACGUGACAGACGAGGAAGGUCAUUGGACAAGGAGACUACCGAUUAACCAAACACUGUUACACGAUUCGAGCUGCGUAUCAUCGAGAUAUACAGAACUCCGUUAUUCAACCUCGUUGCUUUUGUUCGCUUCAAUUUUGAUUCUUCAGAAACAUUCAUCGUUUAGAGGCUGAUCCGUUAGAAUUAGGGAAAAUCGUGGAAAAUGAGAAGCAGCAGGAUGUUGACAGUCGUCGUGAUUCUGAUCUCGACGACGACGACGUUCAAUGGCUGCUUUGCCGAGCUGUACACCGCGUUGGCGGAUAUGGAGGAGCUUCUGGAAACGGAAGCGGUUCUCAUCGACACGCUGAACGGGUAUAUCAAGGCUCAGGAAGAACGUCUGGCUACUCUUAGAAAGAAUGUAGAGGAUUACGCGAGAGAGCACGAGGAAGCUUCGAGGAACAUUCAGCAGUACCUGUCGAAUCCAAUCAACGCUUAUCUGCUUGUAAAAAGACUGACCACCGAUUGGAAGCGGGUCGAAGAGCUGAUAACCCAGGACGUGGGCAAAUCUUUCGUCGCGAAUAUCACCAGUUCACGAAGCGACCUUAAAUUCCCAACUGACGAGGACCUUAAUGGCGCUGCCGUUGCUUUGAUGAGGCUACAGGACACGUACAAACUUGAAACUGCACAGGUCGCCAGAGGCGUGCUGAAUGGAGUUCAAUACAGCACUGGAUUAAGCGCUGGCGAUUGUUUCGAGCUAGGACGGCAGUCUUAUCACAAUCGUGAUUAUUAUCACACUGUUCUGUGGAUGCAAGAAGCUAUGGAUCGUCUUCAGGAAGAAAAGAACGCGACCACAACUUCGAAACCAGAUAUAUUAGAAUACCUAGCCUUCUCAACAUACAUGCAAGGGAACGUGGCACGUGCUUUAAGCAUGACGAACGAGCUUUUGAAGCUUGUACCAACCCACGAACGAGCCUUAGGCAACCGUGCUUAUUACCAGAAGGAAAUUCAGAGCAAGGCGAAUCAGUCGAAGAAGAAACGCGGCGAGGACGGCCAGGACGACACAGCUGUACCCGCUCAACACUUUACGGUCGUUGAAGAAAAAGUGAAAACCUGGGAGGAAAUGUCGGAAAGGGAACGAUACGAGAUGCUGUGUCGCGGGGAAGUUUCUACUCCACCGGAAAUACAGAAGAACCUCAAGUGUCGUUACGUCGAUCGUGGUAUUCCGUUUUUGAAGAUUGCACCGUUGAAGGAGGAAGAAGCCUACUUGGACCCGAGGAUUGUCGUUUACCAUAACGUGAUAUACGACGAUGAAAUUGAAACGAUCAAAAGAAUGGCACAACCAAGGUUUAAACGUGCUACGGUGCAAAAUUACAAAACUGGUGCCUUAGAGAUUGCAAACUAUAGAAUUAGUAAAAGCGCCUGGCUGCAGGAACACGAGCACAAACACGUGGCAGCGGUGAGCAGACGCGUGGAACACAUGUCAAGUUUGUCCGUAGAUACAGCAGAAGAAUUGCAAGUGGUUAAUUACGGUAUCGGUGGCCAUUACGAGCCACAUUUUGAUUUCGCAAGGAAAGAGGAAACGAACGCGUUCAAGAGUCUAGGAACUGGAAAUCGUAUUGCUACUGUUCUGUAUUACAUGAGCGACGUAGAACAAGGCGGUGGUACCGUUUUCACGGCCAUCAACAUCUCCCUGUGGCCUAGGAAAGGCAGUGCUGCAUUUUGGUACAAUUUGAAACCGAACGGAGAAGGAGAUUUUAAAACUAGACACGCGGCCUGUCCGGUGCUUACCGGUUCCAAAUGGGUGGCGAACAAAUGGCUUCACGAAAGAGGUCAAGAAUUUCUCAGGCCUUGCACUCUUGAAAAUCAGUCGGCAGACGAAGCUGAUAUCAGGCACUGAAUCACUGAAUCUCUUGACACCCGGAUCGACGAUGUCAGUGAAAAAUGAACACAUGACGGAUUGAUUUUUAUCUUUGUUCACGAUGCACGGCCAAUGUGAAAAAGUGUUGUUUUAACGUUCAACGAUGGAAGGGAACAUUGUUUUAUCCGUCGUAAGAGGAAAAAGAGAAAUUGCGGCACGAGUAUAAUAAACACGUGAAACGAUAUAACUGAACUGUUGUAAUUUUUGUACAGAGGUCAAACGAUAGAGAAGCAAAUCCGGAAAAAGGAAACUGUCAGCAUUUAAUGAACAUUAUAAAAACACCUUUAGAUUAGAAUUCCAAAUUUUGGAAAAUGAUUAAUUUCAAUUCUAUUAAAAUAUUCGUUCGUCGCAUCAUUUCAUCGUGUAUUAUUCUUAGGCAUAACAUUUUUACAAAAACGCGCAGCAUAUAGCUGAUAAUAUAUACGUAUUAAAGAUUAAAGCAAUAACGAGUUGCACGUUUUCAGCCAGUCAGUUCAUGUAUUAAUUGGGACUCUUGUGGUUGCGUACAAAAAAUGGCAAAAAAUAUAAAAUAGUAAUUGCGAAAAAUGCGAUCCACCUUGACAAUUUUAAUUCUUUCCUAACACACACAUUAUUUAGAUUUUUACAGGUUUACGUUGAUUAUGCAAACAAACUUUCAACAGCAUGUACUGGCAAGGUGGAUUCCAUUUUCCAUACAUCUAUAAAAUAUGUAACUAACACAAGAACCUCAACAUUCUAAUCCCAGUAAUUAACUCGAUUAACGUGAGGAUAAAAGAAAAUGGAAUCGAACAUUCCUGUGUUCAUCAAAGAGUAUUCUAACUAAAUCUUUAACAGUAUCGUUCCUUAUUCUACGACACGUUUCACCCUGCCAACAGGGUGCUCUUGUAAAUAGUAGCGAUAUAAUAGCCAAGAAGCGUUUCAUUAGAGAUCCAACAUCUUGUAUACGAAUCGCUUGUAAAAAUGGAAGAAGAUGGAAGAAAAUAAAAGAAAAGAGGAAUGAUAGAGACCGAGUUUACCGACGGAGAAGCGCGUCUUUUUGCAUCGUGAUACCGACUUUAGAAUUAAGUAAGAAGUUAUUAGUGAGCUUAGAUAUCCGUCAUUGUCGGAUGGAAAAUCUAUUGGAGUAAUUAAAGUAGAAGAAUACUCGAGUAA